UGGACCCUCUUUUCAUAAAUAUCUCGUCACUUUUUCGGAUGAUAUAGUUUGGUCGCUGUGCAUUUGACUGACUCCUGUAUUGCUAAUUGUUUUCGCUCACAUUGGAUACCUACUGAUGCCAUUCUGAAGCUUUCUAUAGAUUAUGGAUGAGAAAUCAAGUCCAGAAGAAACUGGUCAACUAAUCUACGAAGCCGUGAUAUAUGACAACGAAGAACUCCUGCAAGAGCUACUGGAGGCCAAUCCAGGGAAGGUAUAUUAUAGAGAUAAGCACGGUAGAAGUGCUCUGCACAUUGCUGCCCAAAAUGGCAACAUAGCAAUCUUGGAUCUUCUGAUAGAAGCUGGAGCGGACGUAAACAGUAUGGCUGGUCCGAGCGCACUCUGUGCCACUCCUUUACAUGUUGCCGCGGUUGCGGGACGUUUGGAAGCAGUGCAACAUCUAAUUGAAGCUGGAGCAGAACUUUUGGCUACUGAUCUCAGGGACCAUUGUGCACUGGAACUAGCGCAGAUGGCGAAUCAGUUCGAGACUGCUUGUCUUCUUAUCGAUGCCAUCGAAUCGGUUCGCAAUAAAACUCGUCAGCUGCAUGACGAUCUUGUCAAAUCUACAGAAGAAGGAGACUUUAGAGCUGUUAUUGAAGUUUUGCCGAAUCUUACCAGUGCAAACUACGAUGCUAUCUUGAACGGUGCAACUUUGGAUCGCAAAUGUGUCCUAUACCUAGCUUGCCUGAAUGGAAGAAAAGAGGUCGUUGAAGCUUUAUUGAACGUUCGGGGUCAUACCCUUAUACAGCCAAGUACUCACGACACAGUGUUGCACGCCGCCAUAUCGUCUCGAAAACCAGUCAUUGUAGAAAUGAUUCUUAAGGCCUUCACACAUUUGGUAACUGCGAAGAAUGCGGACGGCAGUACAGCAUUACAUUGGGCUUCGCAGUGUGGCAGUUUAGAUAUCGUGAAGCUAUUACUGGAAUUUCCAUACGAGGAGGAUGUUCUGACAAAAAUUGAGGAUGCUUCUGGACGUUUCAGUUAUCGUUUCGUGUUAGACGUUAACGGAUUGGAUGUACAGUGUCGUACCGCUCUAUAUCUUGCCGUCGCUAAUUCAUAUUAUGAUGUAGUGAAGUAUUUACUUGAGGUAGAGUUCCUAUCGAUGAACAGUGAUCAGAAAUGCCCAUUCGAAGUUGAUGUGUACUGCAGUGGUGGGAAGACUCCGCUUAUGGUGGCCGCAGCAAACGGUGACAUAGCUUUAGUGAAACUGCUAGUGGAUCAUGGCGCAGAUGUAAAUCUACCCUGUGGACUCACAGAUGCAGACAUCAGCAGUGUAGAUGGUGCUCGAUGUAUUGGUUCCGGUGCUCUCAGUGAAGCAUGCCGAAUUGGUUGUUUCUCUUUAGUCCAGCUUCUACUCCAACGAGGGGCCGUUGACAACGAGAACGUUGCUCUCGCUACAGCCUUCAAAUACAAUCAGGAUUCGUUGGCGAGGCUGUUCCUGUUGCGUCUUGCAUUCGUGGAUCCAGAAUACCGUGUCAGCAAGAAUAUAGAUUUAGGACAGGUAUCAGUAAAUCGUAACCAGCUAUCUUCAGCUGUAUAUCCGACUACACCAUGCAUGCUCAAUUGGCAUAACGCAAGCUUAGAGACUGUUUCGAGCGAUUGGCUUAUUGCCGCGUCCCUCCAAGUGAAUCAAAGGCUGAGAACAUCACGAAUGGCAUUGGCAGCUCUUACGCGAAUCGAUUUAUCAAAGAAUAAGAUAAAGAAAUUAAAUGGGCAGCUAUUGCAGCUGUCUUCAUUAAGGAGUCUCAAUGCAGCAAAUAAUGAAAUUAUCGAAAUUGAGAUUCCUAGUGAUGGGUUUCAUGCGCCGCUCCUAGAAAGCUUGUUACUGGAAUUUAACAAGCUGUCUCUUCUUCCAGACGAAUUAUUCACAAGCAGACUGCCAAUGCUAAAUUUUCUGGAUGUGUCACAUAACAAACUAUGUUCUCUUCCGGAGACUCUAUGGUUUGCACCAAGGUUACGAGAACUAAAUGUGUCCAACAAUACUCUCACUGUAUUGCCGGCAGUUGGUUCUUUGCAAUUUCGACCUUCGAGUAGUCUUUCUGAAAUUGAACAGCCAGAAUCAUUCUAUUCGGAUUUGUAUACUCAUCAGAGCACCUUAUCAACAGAUGAUUCCUUGAGUGUCAACGGACGCAAUGAUGAGUCCAACAUUACUAUUCAUGAACUGAAAAGGCACAAUAUAUGGCAGACGAGCAUACGAUUAGCUCGAUCGGAGGAAUCAGAUACCGAGAAUGGGCCUCUGUCUUUCUCUUCUAUGAUUUCAGUUUUUAAUGUGUCGCACAAUAAUAUCAAAGUGAUGCCGUCGUGUCUGGCCUGUUGUUGUCCGUAUUUAACGAGACUCAAUAUAUCCCAUAACCAGCUGACAUCUCUUGGUCCAGUGCAAUGUUUACCUUCUCGAUUGAGACACUUGGAUGUUUCAAACAAUCAGCUCGUUGUUGCUUUCGAGUGUCCGACUGCUACGCAGUUAGUGUGUCAUGCAGUCAACGUUCCGUCAAAUGAAAUCUCACCAAUGAGGCGUGCAAGUCCUUUACGUAAUUCACGAUCUCGCUCAAAAUCAGCAGUUCGUAGUCAACGCUCGUUAAGUGUUGCUCCAGCUGGUGACUCGUGUGAUACAUUCAUCGAUGCUUGUCCUCAUAAGCAGCACACGAGACUAGAAUCGUUACGCACUUUUCUGGUAGCCAACAAUCGUCUUACGGAAAUUCCUCUUCUUGUUCCCAGUUUGAAGAACAUUUCAUCUCCAAAAAAGAAGCAGCGUGAAAACCGUCAGAAAUAUUCUGCGGGUAGAAGACAAAUGCUAUUUCCUGCUCUCACAACUCUUGAUGUGAGCAAUAACUACUUGUCAAACGUUCCUGCAACGCUCUCUGACUUGGUAUCUUUAUCUGUGUUAAACUUGAGUGGAAAUAAUGGCAUUGAAAUGCUGCCUCCAGAGUUGGGUCUUCUUAGUAAACUUUGGAAUCUUAUUCUGAAGGGUUGUUCGUUGCGAGAUCCGCUAAAGAGUAUGGUGUAUGUGGAGAGCUACAAAACUGUCGAUUUGAUUGCAUAUCUGAAAUCCAUCUUGGAAGAUUCUCGUCCAUAUACACGGCUUAAACUGAUGAUCGUUGGAGUGCAAGGAAUCGGGAAAACCUCACUUUUACAACAAAUUCGUCUGGAGGGUACGGUGGGCAAAAGGACACUACCAAACGAUAGCUGGUCGAAAAGAAUGGGACGCAAUGCAGGCAGUGGUGGAGACCGUACCCCAAAGGGUGCCAACAUUUCCACAGUGGGUGUUGAUAUCGCUGAGUGGACCUUUGAGCCAAAAAAGACGAAAGGUGAGCCUACCUUUGGUCCGCUUACAUUUCGUACUUGGGAUUUCGGUGGACAGCGCGAAUACUAUGCGACCCACCAAUAUUUUUUAUCUCGGCGUUCUUUAUAUGUGUUAGUGUGGAAGGUAACUGAUGGUGAAGCAGCAUUGCCAGAUUUGCGUCAAUGGCUCGUCAAUAUACAGGCUCGUGCACCGAAUUCUCCAGUAAUCAUCGUUGGUACCCACGUUGACCAAAUCUUUUCGAAUCCUGAACGUUUCCCAUCUACUUAUCUUGACGAUCUGAAUACAAUCAUCAGAGAUCACUUUGUAGUGGUGCCCGAUGCAGAUAAAAAAGGUCUACCACGUGUCGUUGAGUCACUCUUUGUCUCUUCAAAAACGAAACAGAAUAUUCGUGUGCUUUGUAAUUUACUUUACCGAACAGCUUAUGAUAUUCGAAUAGCGAAUAGCAAAGAACGACUUCUAGAUCAAAAGAUUCCAGCUUCCUACAUGGCAUUAGAAAAAAUAGUGGUUGAACUGGCAGAUGAACGACGUUCGACAGGGAUAGAACCAGUUCUGAGGAGCAAUGAUUUUCGUACUAUUGUCCAAGAACGGAUGUUAAAGAAUUACGGUCGUGCAUUCCGUGAUGAUAUCGAAUUUAACCACGCCUGCUCAUUUCUCCACGAGAAUGGAGUAAUACUGCAUUAUGAGGAUGUGACUCUCAGAGAGUUAUAUUUCUUGGAUCCGCAAUGGCUGUGCGACAUUCUUGCUCAUGUGAUAACAAUUCGGGAAAUAAAUCCGUUUGCCCGCAAUGGACUUAUGAAAAUUGACGACCUUCAGAUGUUAUUCAAGUCAUUAAAUUUGAGCAACUCUGCUAUUAAUUUGAGGUCUCACAUUAUAUCCCUACUGCAGAAGUUCGAGGUUGCACUUUGUUGGCAGUCGCGUUCACUACUGAUCCCUUCUUUGUUACCGGAUGAAUAUCAGUUAAGGGGCGGUUAUCCGGGUUCAAAGGUUAUGGUGCCAACAAGGGCUACAUCGUGGCAAUUGGCAGUUGGGCAGCGAGAAACGAAAAAGAGUCUUAUAAUGAAAGCACCACAUCUCCAAGUACAGGCACUGUUUUCUCAACGAAAUUUGGGUGGUACACGAUAUCGAGCAACAGUACCGCUGACCACUCUUUCGGAUGGUUGUAAAAAAUCUCCAGCACCAGUUUCAGUUAAUCGUGAUGAGUCUGAGGAUGAUAAGGGAGCUCGUUUAAUAGCCGGGGAGCACAAAUGUAUUGUUAACAUGGAAUACCUGGAACAGGAGAUAGUUCGUCGAAUCUAUAUGAUGGCAUAUAUACCUUCCGGCUUUUGGUCUCGGCUAAUGACGCGUGUACUUGUUGAUGAUCAUAUUACAAUGUGUGUGGAACGUUUAUUGGAAGUUGAGUACCUGUCGGAGGGCUCUUCGUUGGAGAUACUAAAUGAACUCUGUGACAGACAAUUUCUUUCAUAUUGGCUACUUUGGCAGACUGGUUUCGAGAUCUUGGCGUUUGAAAAGACAAUAUUUAUAAUGCGCCAGUUUUUACCGCUUGCGGAGGUUCGGGACGUUCACUACGAAAUAGUCGAAUGGCAUUGUUGCGCAGAAGAUAGUAACUGGCGUACGUUGGACAUGAAUGGUUCCUCACUGAUCGAAAUCAUUAUUCCAUCAGUCAGGAUAAAUUUAGUAAGUGGUGAAAAAGAAUACGUUCUUCGGAGUAACCGUGCUGCAGUGACCCGUCUUUUGGCUCUCAUUGUGGACAUUAUGGAUACUUUGUUGGAGGAUUGGUAUCCCUCAUUAGGAACACGUUUUGUGCAUACUUCGGAGGGAUGCCUCCUUGUAAAUCGUCUUGUUCCAUGUCUCAAAUGUGCCAGUAGUACGCGAUAUCUGGAUACAUCUUUUAAAGUUAAGCAGAAUGAUGGUCUAAUAUGUGAAACGUCACCAAAGCAAAAGUUACAUGCAUUCACAGUGGAGGAGUGUAUCCUUAGCGCCCACGACGGAGUCAAUUUAAGAUGUCCACUGCACUCCGACAUAUCCGUUGUAGACAUUGCUCCUGACACUGUUUUCCUGGAUAUCAAUGAGGAUUAUCUAAUUCAGCCUACGUCAGUGAAACGUGGUAAAUUGAUCGGACAUGGUGCCUUCGGUUUUGUGUUUAAGGCUGCUAUCAGAUUUUCGGAUGCAAACGUGCAAGUUGCCGCGUUAAAAAUGUUGGAACCAGUGGAACCGGGCUUGGGAGCUCGAACAUCGUCUGUUUCAGCAUAUAAGGCAGCAUAUACGAAAUGGCAACGGGAUCCACUACAGAAUGCUUGCCGUGCAUACUGUACUUGUCGACAAGAGCUGAAUGUGCUAGCAUCGCUUCAGCAUUCUCACAUCACUGCAUUGAUAGGAGUAUGUUCGCGACCUUUGGCUCUUUUGGUCGAAUUAGCUCCUCUUGGUGCCUUGAAUCAUCUACUCAACAAUUACAGACGAAGCGGGGCCCGGUUACGUCUCAGUGUCAUUCAAGAUACUGCCAGUCAGGUAGCCAAGGCGCUGGAAUAUCUUCACGAACACCGCAUCAUUUAUCGCGACCUGAAAUGUGAAAAUGUGUUGACGUGGCGAUUUCCCCCACCAUUUAGUAGCAUAACGGACGUCUUGGUUAAACUGGGCGAUUACGGUAUAUCACGAAGCUCGUUUCCUUCUGGUGGUGCAAAGGGAUUUGGCGGGACUGAAGGUUUCAUGGCUCCAGAGAUAAUCCGCUACAACGGGGAGCAGGAAUACACGGAAAAGGUAGACUGCUUCUCGUUUGCGAUGUUCUUAUAUGAGCUGAUUAGUCUCAAGUUACCAUUCGAUGGUCAUGAACAACUCAAAGAAUAUGUUUUGGAUGGAGGUCGGCCACGGCUCACUCCUUCUGAAUUGUUAUAUCCUUGUAACGUGCUGGAUGUGAUGGUUGUCUGUUGGGCAGCACAGCCGGUAGAUCGUCCUUCAGCGUCUCAGAUUGUCUCUAUGACUACAGCUCCUGAAUUUACUCACCUACUGGAUGUCAUCUCCCUAAAUGACCCGGAUUCGAUUGUCAAUGCUAGUAUUUCUUUUCCCACUCUGGACGACGUGGAGUUAGGUUCCACAAUAGAGGACAGUGUUGAAGGAGAAAUAUGGAUGAGUAGAUCGGACGGGUCUGUGACUGUUCUUAGUUGCAAUCAGUAUGGUUGGCUGGAUUCGAAGAGUAUCAUCAUGAAUACGGACAAGACUGUAAUAUUGGCGAUGUGCGUGGUCAACGACAAUGUGUGGCUUGCAGAAUCGACUGGAAUAUUGAGGAUUUACUGCCGCUCGUCGUAUUCCGAACUUUGGUCAUUCUCAAUAUCGCGCUUCCUCCCUACUGCACAUCUCUCUAUUAGUGUCAUUUCAUUGUCGAUUUUUAUUACUACUCCACUAUUAAUAUUAGUUACUCUUCCUUCUGCGUUACUGCUUGUGAAGGGUGAUCGCACUCCUGAUAGUCCCUUCGUCUCUUCUAUCGGUUUAUCUACCAUCCACUCAUCUGCUGUAAUCGAUUAUGGCCAGAAUGUAAAGCAGAUAUGGACGGGACACGAGCAUUCCUCCAUAACCAUUUACGAUGUAACUUUAGAGAAUCGAUUAACAUUCGCUGCAAACAUCUGUCAUGGAGAAAGUCAGGUAGAUGCUAUUGAGAAAAACUGUGUAUCACAUAUGGUGACUACUGGAACAGACUCGGCGCUGUUAUGGUCUGUCCUUUCGCAUGGAAGCAAAGUUUAUCAGUGGUCCACUGCAUCGCGAAAGGUGCGUAAUCGACUUGACUCCUGUAAGAUUUUGCCUUCCUCGGAAUCCAUUUCAACUCUGGAUAUUGAGGCGUCUCGAGAUGGUUAUGUUUCUGCACUUGCGCUGUUAGAUAGAACAGAUUGUGCACAACUGUAUAUAGGAACUAGCAGAGGAGCAGUAAUUGUUGCUCAAGCUUUCGAGAUGCGACCACUCGCUGCAUUUCGGCCAUAUGUGGAAGACGUGCAUACGAUUAUUGUGUUGGACGUAGCUUCAGCCCUAAAUGAAUACAUGCGUACUCACAGAGAUUUCGUCAGUAUGACGAGCUUGAGAAGACGAAGUUUUGGCGCUAACAGCAGUAGUAGCGGAGGUGAUCCACAAGAAAAUGUUAACUGGGUGAAGGAUCGUGUAUCAGAAACAGUAGAUCGUUUCAGACAGGAUACUACCGAACGUGUAUCUUCCUUAAAUAGUUAUGUAAUUACUGUUGGAAAUGGGUACAGAUGUUUGAUAGAUCGAUUUACGGAUCGGAAGCAUCAAGGGUCAGCUACUCUUCGUCGAGAUUCGCACUGCGCAAUCAUAUGGCGCACGGAUGAAUGGGUUUCAUGAUGUGUCCGUUCAAACUGCAUAUGUUAAGCUACUCCAGCCAAUUUGGGCAUAUCACUACAUAUCAUGUUACUUCACUGUUUUCCGUCAUCUUGAAUAGUACUUUUUUUUUGUUUUUGUUUUUUUUCUUUUUUUUUGCUUCCUAGCUUUUCCAAGCCUUUCUGCCGCUUUUUUGGAAGACUUUUCAUAUAGCUGGAUCUUUAAUUUCCUCAGUAUUCUAUAAUGCCGAUAUCUUUUUCCUCGCUACCCUUAGCAGUUAUAUCUUCAAAUUACCUUUGCGUGAAGAUUUCCUUCAAAAUUACCCUUGCAUUUACUGUUUGCAGUUCUGAAUUGUCAUUGGAUUCUUGGUAUAUGCUGUAUGUCAAGUGCUCAGUAAAGAAGAGGGAAUAAAUUGAUACUAACAUAUUGUGGAGUACUUCCAGAUGCAUAUUGCGCUGUACCAUAUGUGCUGUUGACAGUAAUAUGUUAAUGUCUUCAACGCUUAACUCUCGGAUUAUUUUAAUCUCAUUUGUCAAUAAGUAUUAAGCAGGUUGUGCAUCCGGUGAAUUUCGUCAUGUACAUAAAGUUAACGUUCCCUUUUUGUUCCAUUAUCACAAUGCUACUGCUUCAUUGAAAGCGUGUUUCGAGAUUACUGC